CGUUGAAUUUAACGGUCGGUUUGGCAGUGAAAGUGGAAAGUGGAAGCCAUCGCCUUGCUCCACGAGAGUUGUUUGGUGCGAAAAAUAGAAAACAAAAAUGUACACAUAGCGAAGGAGUAUGAAAGUGAAUUAAAGCAGAAAAUAACUACACGCAAGUGUACAGUACAGUGUUCAAACAUUUAGAAUAAAAAGUGUUCAAACAGUCAGAGUUUUUACUCUCGUGUUCAAACAAUCGAUAUAAAUAGAGUUUAAACAUCGAAUUGCAAAAGUGUUCAAACAUUGCCAUAGGUUAAACAGUUAAACUUUAAAUAUAAAAUCAAGUGGCACCAUUUCACUUUGGAGUUGGAGUCUUCGAAUUUGCUGAGCACUUCCGGGAGCAAAACAGCUGGACACAAGGGCCAUUUAUGAGUGCGCGAAGUGAAGUACUCGGCGGAUGGCAAAUAGAUGUUGUCUAGAGCCGAAAUCAAAGAAACAAAAAUCAAGACCAGAGGAAAAACAUCGGGGACGUGCAACAAUUAACGGGCGGAAAUCGAAAUCGAAAUGUAUAAACAAUCAGCGAAAUGUGCAAAUUCGUGGAGUGCCAAUCGAAAGCCAGCUUGAGUGAAAGUGAAAAACUGCGGCGCGGCCAAAUUAUUAAUUAUCCGGCUGCUUAUUAGCGCGAUUCUCCGAGGGAAAUUCAGCGCAGACAUUUUGUUUAUGAGCCAAUUUGCCAAACGCAAAUAAAACCGAAUCGCUGCCAGUCGUGCAUUAAUAAUUAGCAUAUUCCGUCCCAUCCCCCAUUUCCCCAACCCCAUCGAGAGUCACACGGAACAGACAGUGCGGCGUGUGGCGUUGAAGUGUUUAUUAAAUGGUCUUUGCCGCAAAUGCAAGACAUUUGCCCGACAAGCGGAGUAAUAGUACUUGCCCCCUCGGAAUGGUGGAGCUUCAACUUAGCGGAGAUUUGUCAGCCGGCGACUUGAGCGAAAUUCCCGAAAUGGGACACCGAAGGGCCGCCACGGAAACGGGACAUCGGCAGAGCCGGAGAAAGUCAGUCUGCCGGACCAUCCCCACCAGAUUCCUCCUGCUGCUCCUCUCCGUUCUGCUGCUGAGCAUGGAGCUCGUCGAGUGCGCGCUGCGCAAUGUCAAUUUAAUAAUCGAACCACCGGCGGUGCGACGGGGCCAACAUGUGGUGCUGCGCUGCAUGUACGACCUGGACGGGGCUCCACUGUACUCGGCCAAGUUCUAUCGCGGCCAGCUGGAGUUCUACCGCUACACUCCCGGCGAGUUCCCCAACACGAAGGUCUUUCCCUUCCCCGGCAUUCAUGUGGAUGUAAGCAGCUCUAAUGCCACCCAGGUGCUGUUGCGCAACGUGGGAUUCGGUCUCUCUGGCAACUUUUCAUGCGAAGUGACCGCCGACGCACCGCUCUUCUCGACCGCCACCGCAGUGGACACCAUGCAAGUUGUUGAGCUGCCCGAGAAGCAUCCGCAGCUUUUCACGGAACACACGCGCUACGAGCCCGGCGAUGUCCUGCGGGCCAAUUGCAGCACUCCCCCGUCGCGUCCGCGGGCAGAACUCACAUUUAGCAUCAACAACAUGGUGAUAACCAAUGUGGACACCCAGUAUAUACGCACCGUCGAUAAUCUGAUUGCCUCGCGGAUCUCGCUGAAGCUGCAACUGCAGGGCGUUCACUUCUCCAGCGCGAAUCCGGCCAUCUACAACAGCGGCUACGGUCUGAACUCGGUCUACGGCCAUGGCGGUCCGGUCUAUGCUCCAAAUCCGAAUCCGGGAGGAUUAGUCCUGCGCUGCUCGGCGCAUGUCGGGGAUCUGUACGACCAGUACAAGGAAAUCGAGCUGGGCACACCGCAAAAGGAUCCGAUACCGGCACGUGUUACGCUCUCAUCCGACUCGAGCCUGAAGAACUUUUUCAGCUCGUAUUUCUCGACCUCGCCAUCGGCGGCAUCGCGACUCCUGCCCGGCGUCUACAUGGCGCCGCUUAUAAUGGCCAUGUUGGCUGGCUUAUUCCGGCUAAUUGAGGCUGCAUUUGAGACCUGCGAUGCCAGCCAGAGGUCAGAGGUCAGGCACUCGAUUCCAAGGCAUUCCAAGGAGCAAAAGGAGCAGCGUCGAGCUCUUCUGUCCAGCUGCAGAGCCUCCAAGGCGUCGCGACAGCAACUGGCCUGGCCAGAACCACGGACAGAAAAUCUGGCCUAGGCGUGUGUGUUACCAGUUAGUUAAAGCCCUUAGUAAUUUAAAUUGUCUGGGGGCAGUUCGCUGGACCUGAGAAAUUAAUAAGUAUUUAAGUGAUCCACACUCAACUUGUACGUAACGCGAACGGAGGGCUUGAUUAAAAGUUUAUCACGCCGCAUUUGAACAUACCUAAAGUCAUUCUAGUCGUAAUAAACCAUUUUAGCAGCCAGUUGAAGUUCUUAGUCAGCUACGAAUCCAUUAGCCAUCAGCAUUUAUUAUUUAAGCAGGUCCAGUGAACACCCUACAUUGUUAAUUUCAAGUAUCUUCUUUCGAUGACUGCUUUUCAUGUUGACUUUGAUUUUACACCAAAAACCACACUCGAAGAUGUGGUGUCUACUAGCGAGCUAAAGAGAAAAAAACAAAUUAAGUUUAAGCAAACAUUUAUAAACUAGCCUAGUCGUAAACAAAGGAAACCGGAGGUUGGACAGCCGAACAGAUGAGUUUAAAACCUAUAAAGCAGGACAUACACGAUUCAAAUAUAAAUGUUUACACGAACGAGAUAACGUAAAA